GCGAAGCGAAUAGCUCCAGUUUAGUCGGUGGUUGGAGUGUACGCUGUGCCAGUAGUUUUUUCCACACAUAUAGGUGGAAAACUUUGAAUUAAAACAUGUGGAAGCCCUGCCGCUGCUACUCUUAAGCUGAUUAAAUUUACAUUUUGAAGUUCGGUUAGGUGUGUUUUUCGUGAAAUGUUGGCAUGACUAACCAAGUCACUUGUUUGCUGAUUGCUGUUUUUCAGCUUGAAAACUAGUAACUAGUAGUAAGUUUGUGGAUUCCAAUUUGGGGUGUCACAUGACUAUGUCAUCUAUCACCAAUUUUUGAUAUAUUUAGUUCCUUUAUGUAAUAUCAAUAACCAUGUCACUGCAAGUAAUUUUGCAGUAUAUAUCCAAUGGAUUGAGUCUCAUAACAAUUGGUAUGUGCCUUGUUUUAAAGGUUCCUCAAAUAUCAAGGUUACUCGACAGUAAAUCAGCUGUAGGAAUAUCUUGCGUAGGCUUGAUGUUAGAAUUAACAAGUUAUAGUGUUAUGACAUGUUAUAAUUUUACAAAUGGCUAUUCACUGUUAUCCUACAUGGAAUAUCCAAUUAUUCUAAUUCAAGAGUAUUUUUUGAUAUAUUUAGUAUUAAAGUACCUGAGUGCUAUAAAUACUCAAACACUGCUGGCAGUGGGUUUUUAUUUUAUAACCUGCACAGGUUUAUUGACGCAAGUGAUACCAAAGACAGUUCUAACAUUUUUAGCUCCACUAUGUACACCAAUAUCAGCAUCAAGCAAAAUAGCUCAGUUAUUCGCGAUUGUUAGAGCAAAAAAUGCAGAUGCAGUGUCUCCAAAAACUUGGUUUAUAUCAGCCUUUACUAAUCUAACAAGGGUAUUCACAAUUUGGAUGGACUCAGCAGAUGCCUUGCUCUUAGGCAAUUUCAUUAUCUCGGUUGCACUGAGUUCAUCAAUUAUGUUUGCAGCUCUUUACUACAGAAGUAAUCCCAAGAAGGACGAAAUAAAGAAAGCAGAUUAAUUCUUUUGAUUGCGUUAAAGAAUGAGAAUGACUGAUGAUGUUUGUGAAAUUUUCAAUGGCAACGAUAUGAAGAGCGAUAGGAAAGCCUGUAAGACAUUUUUUAUUUUUAUUUAUAUUUUUAUUUAUAAAUGUUAUUGUUAUUAUUACCGCUUUGGUAUUACAUCACUGUUUUAUGUUUAAAAAAUGUGAGAAAAAAUUUCUUUGGACAAUAAAUGUUUGAAAGAUCAUCAGAA